AUGGCCGUGCGGAGGUGCAUCCAGCAGUUGUUCCAGGAGCCUCAGCUUGACGGCGCCAUCACCUUCGAGCGGCCGGACCCUGUUCUGCGGAGCUGGGGCUGCCCCCCGCGGGAGGACGCGGGCAUGCCGCGCGGCGCGAAACCCCAGCGGGAGCCGAACAGCCCGGGUGGCGGGACGCUGCUGCGCCGAGGGCUCCGGCUGGAGGAGUGCGCCCUCUUCCACUGCCGGGGCUGCCGCGCCGUGCUGGGUGACUCGCUGCAUCUCUGCGCCCAAGAGGACCGUUGGCUGCGGGUCCUCGUCUGCUUCAAAGUCACAAAUGAUGUUGUUUUGGACGAUUCUUUAAUGAUCGGUAUUGAAGGACCCCUUCUAGGAUGUGCUUACUAUGCAUUGUACUGUCAUUCGUGUGGAUUAAUGGUGGGCUUCAGCCUCUAUUCUGCCUUCGCUGCCCUGGUUCAUCUGCGAGGCCUCUUUUGUCUUUUCAAGGACAACAUCCUCUGUUAUCUCUUAAAAACUAAAGCCAUGAUAGAGGCCUCUGAGAUGAACUUUCCUGCUUUGAGCCUAAAGGAACACCUGGGAAAACUGAAAGAACAACUUGUGGGGGUCCAUGGGCGCCUAGAGUUACUGAUUAAGAAGCUGGAAGAACUGAACCAACAGAUCACCAUGGCUGACAAGCAGGGCUAUGCAUCAAGGACAGUUGGCCUAAAGCUAGGGUUUGCAGGAAUCAAGUCAAGCAAUUAAUAUGCCAUCAUAGAAUACGGAGCUAUUUUUGUAUCAUUGCAGGUUUCUUCACUGAGGUGAACAAAGUGGUUUGAAAUCACCACCACCCUGAAAAAUGUCAGAGAACGCUAAUUUGCCACUUUGUUUUAUGUGUGAAAAGCUUUUGCUGAAAUAUAGCUCAGACUAGUGAAGUGGACUGGAUUUUUGA